AUCAAGAAUAAUAUUAUUCCACGCUUCUACCAAGGCUUCCUUAAGAGCGUCAUUUCAGGUGACGAUGCUUCUUGCAAGACUUUGCUUGUAAAGCUUGUCGGAUUAGAGAAAGAGAUAGUCGAUGCGUUGGUAGAUAUAUUGAAGAGUUGCAUUGUAUUCCAAUUCUCACCAACCUCGCCAGUAUUGCAUGUCGUAUACCAAUAUUUUGCAUCUAUUGGUGUUGGUACGGCCAUAGAACGCUUUCAUGAAUUCCAUGAUUUGAUUCUCAGUAACAUUGCCAAUGAAUACGCUAGCAAUUUCGCCUUUCUCGUGGAGAAACUCAUAACUUUCGCUCAUGUGUUACGGCAUGACAAACUGCGUCAUGAGAUAUGUAGUCAUUUACCAGACACCAUCAAACUGUUGUGGAAAAAUAAAAAGCGAGUCGAGGCAUGCAGGAUUGCGAAAUUGUUCGUGCAGCUAUUGAUGGUGGCCAAGAGGUAUCACGAAGAAGAAAAUCUGUCCAAGUUGUGGCUUGAAAAAACUUAUUCAGAGGAAAUGAUGAAAUGUCCAUAUAUGUCAGCUCUUACCGUUUUAUUGGACCCUGGGCGUACUGGAUGCGCUGAAAUGAUGAUUGAGUUGUCGUCCUUGCUUGAGCUUCCAUCGAACGAAGUUAAGGAGUUGUGUUUACGUUCACAGGCAGCUGAUCUCUUCUUGACUUUCCUCUCAUCAUACGCUACCUACUGCAGCCGCAAGCAACUGGAAGCUCUCCUCGAAUUCCUUAUCUUGGAAUAUAUAAGAACGGAUAAUAUCUCGUCCUUUGUCAGCGAUAUAAACCAUGCAACGGAUUGUUUAGCAGACAUCGAUAUACUUUGGGAAGUCGUUUCGGAAAUCCUGUAUAGACAUUUGUCAGAAGUGUUAUCCAAGGAAGCCAGCGGUAAGAAAUCCAUCACCAACAGUUUGGCGAAUGCUCUUCAGUGCCUUUCAACUAUUGAAGAAUCAAGUGAAAGGUGGCAGUUCUGA